AAAGAGUAGUAGAAGAACACAAGUCAUGGAGAACAAAGAGAAAGUUGUUGUAGACGAUACUGAGCCACCCAAGCACAACUACAGAGGAGUUAAAGCCAUGCCCUUCAUUAUAGGAAACGAGACAUUCGAGAAACUCGGAACCAUCGGAACUUCUUCAAACCUAACAGUCUAUCUAACCACAGUAUUCAAUUUAGAGAAAGUCUCAGCUGCAACUCUUGUCAAUAUCUUCAAUGGCAGCACCAAUUUAGCUCCUCUCGUCGGUGCUUUCCUCUCUGAUGCUUAUUUUGGACGUUAUAAGACCUUGGGUUUCGCUUGCAUCUCUUCCCUUACGGGAAUGUUUCUUAUAAUGCUGACGGCGGCAAUCUCCCAACUGCACCCUCCACACUGCGGGGCCGGAGCCUGCGUCGGACCAACGCCUUGGCAGUUGAUGUUCUUGCUAGUUGGGUUCGGGUUUUUAGUUGUCGGAGCGGGUGGUAUCCGGCCUUGUAACCUCGCUUUCGGGGCGGACCAGUUUAAUCCGGAAACGGAGUCAGGGAAGAAAGGAAUUAAUAGUUUCUUUAAUUGGUACUACUUCACCUUCACUUUUGCGAUGAUGGUAUCGUUGACGGCUAUAGUGUAUGUGCAAUCCAAGAACUGGCCAGUGGGUUUUGCUAUACCAACUUGUCUUAUGUUCUUAUCCUGCGGACUUUACUUCUUGGGUUCAAGAAUUUAUGUGAAAGUUAGACCUCAAGGGAGCCCUGUGAUGGGGGCGAUUCAAGUUUUUGUUGCUGCAAGCAAGAAGAGAAGCUUCAAGUCACCACAAAACCCUCAAGUCUCACUCUUCAACCAUAUUCUUCCUAAUUCCAUCAAUUCCAGACUUCCUCACACCGAUCAGUUCAGGUUCCUUGACAAGGCCGCGAUCAAGACUCCGGAAGACCGAGUCAAUCCAAACGGCUCAGCUGCAGACCCAUGGAGGCUAUGCAGUUUGCAGCAAGUGGAGGAGAUAAAAUGCGUGAUGAGAGUAAUUCCAGUAUGGGCUUCUAGCAUUAUCUACUACAUGCCCAUGGUCCAACAACAAACCUACGGAGUCUUCCAAGCCGUUCAAUCAGACAAGAGCAUCAAUCACUUUCAAGUCCCCGCAGGAUCUUUCGUUGUUUUCAUGUUUCUCGCUCUCACCAUCUGGAUUCCAAUCUACGACCGUAUAUUAGUCCCUUCCCUACGCCGUAUCACAGGGAAAGAAGGUGGUAUUACACAGCUCCAAAGGAUGGGUGUAGGAAUUGUACUCUCUGUACUCUCAAUGCUUGUCUCUGGUUUAGUAGAAGAGAAGAGGAGACAUUUAGCCCUAACCAGUCCAUUACCAGGUGCGACAACGGCACGAGGCGGUGCCGUUUCGUCGAUGUCGGCGUUUUGGUUGGUACCUCAACUCUUACUAGCAGGGUUGGCUGAGGCAUUUAACUCAAUUGGCCAAAUUGAGUUCUACUAUAAACAGUUCCCAGAGAAUAUGAGAAGCAUAGCGGGGUCUUUCUUCUUCUGUGGCUUAGCAAUAUCUAGUUAUCUCUCUACUUUCUUGAUAUCAGUGGUUCAUCACACCACAGCAAAUGCUGCAACUGGGAAUUGGUUACCUGAAGAUCUCAAUAAGGGUAGAUUGGAUUACUUCUAUUUCAUGAUUGCAGUUAUGGGUACCUUGAAUUUUGGCUACUUUCUGCUUUGCUCUACAUGGUACAGAUACAAGGGUAGUUUUGUAAAUGAAACUACCACCCUUGACCUUGAGAUGAUGAAUGGAACUACUAAAGGAUCUACAGAAAAGCAUGUUGUGUGAUGUAUAGAGCAAGAUGUGAUGGAUUGGUGUUUAUGAUUUGAUAUAGAC